AUCAAUUGACAGCGAUGUUCUUAUUCUAUGCAUUUAUUAUGCAUCUCUUCUUUGUCUUCAAAAAUUAAUUGUUGAUGCGACUGUACCGAAGAAACCACCUAAAAUUAUAGAUUGUACAUAUAUUCAUAAUGCUUUAAUUGAUAAAUAUCAUGUCAAUCCAUUAUGUUUUAUUAUUAUUUAUGCUCUUUCCGGCUGCGAUACUUGCUCAUUUACUCGCAACAUUAGCAAGCGAACUUUUAUGCAAAUCCUACUUGAUACUCCUAAUGAUUUUGCUGAUGUAGAAAAGCUGACUGUUUUACCUACCAGUAGAAACGAUAUUGUUGCUGCUGAAACUUUAUUUGUUCAAUGCUUUUAUUCAAAUCGACGUCGUCGACAAGCAUUGUCUAUAACAUCAGGACCAAAAGCAUCCCAUCGAGUUAUUCACAAAGAUGCAUUAAUAAAUGAAUUACGUGCUAUCAUGGCUAUGAAUGCCUUAAAAAAGAAUUCAACGUCUAUUGUCACAUUAUUACCACCAACACAGGAUGCUUUAUUUUACCACUGCUUACGUGUUUCUAGACAAGUUCAAAUAUGGUUACAAGCGCCUGAUGGUUACAUUAAAUAUCCUGAUUUAGAAGAUAGUGGAUUCCACAUCAUCGAUGGUCGUCCAGAAGUUAAAUGGACAUCAAAACUUCCGUUUCCUAAUGAUCGACAACUUUCUUCUUGUGAAAAACACAAAGGCAAAUGUACUAAAUGUGUAUGUGUUCUAAAUCAAUUACCAUGUACUAUAUUUUGUCAAUGUUCUAUUGACUGUCAGAAUCGGAAAUCGAUUCAAACAGUUACAGCUAAUUUACAAACAGUAACAAAAUCAACAACAGAAAAACAUCUUUUAGUUGCACAUCAAUCAAAAUUUGUAACAGAAUUAUUUGAUCAAGAGUAUUCAAGUGAAGACGAAAUCUACCAUGAAUUAUCUACAUCAACUGAAACUUCCUCAUGUGAUGAGAUAAAUGAAUUAACUGGACGGAUAAAAAGAUAG